AUGCAUAUAAAAGAGUAUAAAGUAUUUGCCUCUGAAAAACCGUCAGCUGCAAAUCCAGUUCCGCAGGUUUUCGUCAACACUGUUUUCGCGAAGAACGAGAUCAUUGCCAGAAGCAAGACUUUUGGUCUUCUGAGAAAGCAGUACAAGAUAAAGCUGACAAAAGGUGUAGUUUUAAAGAUUGAGGAAGUCCCCCAGCACGCCGACAACAAAGUAAGAACAUUCGGGGUCAGAGCUGCAUACAUAAUCAAGAGAAAGACCGUGAACGUUCUGAAAGAGAUCCGGGCGCUGACAAGAGCCGAGGCCGUCUUUGGACUGCUGCAGGACCUCAGAACGAGACACAGCGUGAGGCCAGAAACCGUUGGAAUCGUUGAAGUAACGGAGAUAGACUCAAAAGACGUCACGAGCAAGGAGCUUCUCCAGAUCGUUGGCGAGCCCAGGUACCCGCUCUUCGACAAGAGAGUGCCCAGCACAGCCCCAAAGUGCGCGGUUGUCGCCCUUAACAGAGCAUAA